CCCCCUUCUCCCCUCCUCCGAGGGGGGGGGCGCCCCGCGCGGCCAGCCAUGUCGUCCAUCCUGCCCUUCACCCCGCCGAUCGUGAAGCGCCUGCUGGGCUGGAAGAAGGGCGAGCAGAACGGGCAGGAGGAGAAAUGGUGCGAGAAGGCGGUGAAGAGCUUGGUGAAGAAGCUCAAGAAGACCGGGCAGCUGGACGAGCUGGAGAAGGCCAUCACCACGCAGAACGUCAACACCAAGUGCAUCACCAUCCCCAGGUCCCUGGACGGCCGGCUGCAGGUGUCUCAUCGGAAAGGACUUCCCCAUGUCAUCUACUGCCGUCUGUGGCGGUGGCCGGACCUGCACAGCCACCAUGAGCUGCGGGCCAUGGAGCUGUGUGAGUUUGCCUUCAAUAUGAAGAAAGACGAGGUGUGCGUUAACCCUUACCACUACCAGAGAGUGGAGACGCCAGUUCUACCUCCUGUGUUAGUGCCACGACACACAGAGAUUCCGGCCGAGUUUCCCCCAUUGGAUGACUACAGCCAUUCCAUCCCUGAGAACACCAACUUCCCUGCUGGCAUCGAGCCCCAGAGCAAUAUUCCAGAGACCCCACCCCCCGGCUACCUGAGUGAAGAUGGAGAAACCAGUGACCACCAGAUGAACCACAGUAUGGAUGCAGGUUCUCCAAACCUAUCCCCGAAUCCGAUGUCCCCAGCACACAAUAACUUGGACUUGCAGCCUGUCACCUACUGUGAGCCGGCCUUCUGGUGCUCCAUCUCCUAUUAUGAGCUGAACCAGCGUGUCGGGGAGACAUUCCACGCCUCGCAGCCGUCGAUGACAGUGGACGGCUUCACCGACCCCUCCAACUCAGAGCGCUUCUGCCUGGGUCUGCUGUCCAACGUCAACAGGAACGCCGCGGUCGAACUCACACGGAGGCACAUUGGGAGAGGCGUCCGGCUCUACUACAUCGGAGGGGAGGUGUUUGCUGAGUGUCUCAGCGACAGCGCCAUCUUCGUCCAGUCUCCCAACUGUAACCAGCGCUACGGCUGGCACCCAGCCACUGUCUGCAAGAUCCCCCCAGGAUGCAACCUGAAGAUCUUUAAUAAUCAGGAGUUUGCUGCCCUGCUGGCUCAGUCUGUCAACCAGGGCUUUGAGGCUGUGUACCAGCUGACGCGAAUGUGUACCAUCCGCAUGAGCUUCGUCAAAGGCUGGGGAGCGGAGUACAGGAGACAGACAGUGACCAGCACUCCCUGCUGGAUUGAGCUACACCUGAAUGGGCCUUUGCAGUGGCUUGAUAAGGUCCUUACCCAGAUGGGAUCCCCCAGCAUCCGCUGUUCGAGUGUGUCUUAGAGACCCUGGAUGUGAAGGGGAGGGAGAAAGGGCAGGCAUGGGGGAAAACCGCCAUGGAAGAGAUGGAGGAAUUCAGCACCCGUUCAACUUAUUCUCAUCAAGGAAGAAAAUUCUCUCUCUCAACUAAGGUGGCACAGGCCUGUUCUCUAAAACACAGAAGCAAACCCGGAAAUGGGCUUUCAUGGACAGCUAUGUGUGCUGAAUACACGUGCCCUCUACUCUGGUUUGCAAGGCAAGAAAUGGCUUCUGCUCACUUGAGCCAACAGGUAGCAGUUUCACCACUGCCCCUCCCCCAGCCUUCUCUUUUAAUGACAGUCGUGUGGGAUGUCACCAUGUCACCAGCUACCAAGAAAGCCCUGUCCUGGAUUGCAUGUAGAAUUCAACCUUGGAGGGUUGUUCCUAAACUCUUUGGCACUUCUGACAAAUAUCUUCUCAACUAAGCAGGCGCGGCGCGGCCCUCCCUAACCUUGGCAGUGUUGUGCACCUGGUGAACAUGGUGGUUUGGGUAAAGGAGGACUUGUCGGGCUCUCUCCCCUCAGAACAGCACAGCACAUGUGUUCAGCACAGCAC